CCUGGCAUUAAGAUGUGGGUGCACAGGAAUUCCAGGGGUGCAGAUUAGGCACUACCGGAGCCAGCCGAGCCGCCGGAGCCGCGGGCCUCCGGGCCGUCACGGGCCCAACCCCAGGAUGCUCCCCUUCGCCUCCUGCCUCCCCGGGUCUCUACUGCUCUGGACGCUGCUGCUGUUGCUCUUGGGGGCAGCGUCUCCCCAGGAUUCGGAGGAGCCCGACAGCUACACGGAAUGCACAGAUGGCUAUGAGUGGGACCCCGAUAGCCAGCACUGCAGGGAUGUCAAUGAAUGCCUGACCAUCCCCGAGGCCUGCAAGGGGGAAAUGAAAUGUAUCAACCACUACGGGGGCUACUUGUGCCUGCCCCGCUCAGCGGCUGUCAUCAAUGACCUGCAUGGCGAGGGACCACCACCACCAGUGUCCCCUGCUGAACACGCCACCCCCUGCCUACCAGGCUAUGAACCGGAUGAGCAAGAGAACUGCGUGGACGUGGACGAGUGUGCCCAAGCCCUGCACGACUGCCGCCCGAGCCAGGACUGCCACAACCUGCCUGGCUCCUACCAAUGCACCUGCCCCGACGGCUACCGCAAGAUAGGACCCGAAUGUGUGGAUAUAGAUGAAUGCCGGUACCGCUACUGCCAGCACCGCUGCGUGAACCUGCCGGGCUCCUUUCGCUGCCAGUGUGAACCAGGCUUCCAGCUGGGGCCCAACAACCGCUCCUGUGUGGAUGUGAACGAAUGUGACAUGGGGGCUCCGUGUGAGCAGCGAUGCUUCAACUCCUAUGGGACCUUCCUGUGUCGCUGCCACCAGGGCUAUGAGCUGCACCGGGAUGGCUUCUCCUGCAGUGAUAUCGAUGAGUGCAGUUACUCCAGUUACCUCUGCCAGUACCGCUGUGUCAACGAGCCAGGCCGCUUCUCCUGCCACUGCCCACAGGGCUACCAGCUGCUGGCCACACGCCUGUGCCAAGACAUUGAUGAAUGUGAGUCGGGUGCGCACCAGUGCUCGGAGGCCCAAACUUGUGUCAACUUCCAUGGGGGCUACCGCUGCGUGGACACCAACCGCUGCGUGGAGCCCUACGUCCAGGUGUCUGACAAUCGCUGCCUCUGUCCGGCCUCCAACCCCCUGUGCCGGGAGCAGCCCUCGUCCAUAGUGCACCGCUACAUGAGCAUCACCUCGGAGCGGAGCGUACCCGCUGACGUGUUCCAGAUCCAAGCGACCUCGGUCUACCCCGGCGCCUACAACGCCUUUCAGAUCCGUGCUGGAAACUCACAGGGAGACUUCUACAUUAGGCAAAUCAACAAUGUCAGCGCCAUGCUGGUCCUCGCCCGGCCUGUGACGGGCCCCCGGGAAUACGUGCUGGACCUCGAGAUGGUCACCAUGAACUCCCUCAUGAGCUACCGGGCCAGCUCCGUGCUGAGACUCACCGUCUUCGUGGGGGCCUACGCCUUCUGAGGAGCGGGGGGGGGGGGGCAGCCCUCGGGGAGGGGGAGGUUCCCCGCAGCCGAGGAGCCUGGGGCUCAGGGAUGACUGUGUUCUGCUAAAAGGGAAGAUGCUGUUUCGAGGGGCAGAGACAGAGGCAAUAAAGGGACAAAGAAGGA